CACACACAGAGUCUAUAAAAAUUAUUCAUUGACAAUUCAGUCUAUUAAAAAAACACUGCAACUGAUCUUCCCCAGAGUUCAACAAUGUCAGCCUCCAUGUUCACAAUCCUCGUACCAAUUAUACUCUCCUUCUCCUAUCCAAUAUUUCUUGAAGCGCAGAGUGGGCAUCUUCCUCAAGAUGAAUUAAUUGCACUUAAGGAAAUAGCUAAUCAAGUGGGGAAGAAGGAUUGGGAUUUUAGCCUAAAUCCUUGUGGCAACAACUCCAACUGGUUGGCACCACAAAGCUUAGAUACACCUCUAUACACUAAUAAUCUCACUUGCGAUUGUAACUUUCCUGCUGGUAUUUGCCAUGUGCUAAGGAUAAAUUUGAAAGGACAGGAUCUGCAAGGUGUCCUCCCUCCUGCCUUGGUGAAGUUACCAUUUCUCAAGACAAUUGAUCUCGCCCGCAACUACUUAAGUGGUACAAUCCCCCCUGAAUGGGCUUCUAUGAAACUGGAAUUUAUAUCUCUUACUGUGAAUCGAUUGUCUGGACCAAUUCCAAAAUACUUGGGAAAUAUAACAUCUCUUACAUAUUUAAGCUUGGAGAACAAUAUGUUCACUGGAAGUGUUCCACCUGAGCUUGGGAAGCUUGUCAACUUACAACACUUCAUUCUUAGUGGUAAUUAUCUCACAGGUGAAUUGCCAAAAGAAUUUAAUGCUCUCACAGAACUGAUAGAACUUAGGCUCAGCAAUAAUAACUUCACUGGGAAACUGCCUAGCUUUCCGAGUUUGAAAAACCUUCAAAUCCUAGAGCUUCAAGCAAGUGGUUUUGAAGGACCCAUACCUCAAAAUAUUUCUGUAUCGACAAGCUUGAGAGAACUGUGAGUUAACAUUUUGUUU